AGUCCCUCAAGGUCUUAAACCCAUUCCACAACUACCAGUAUCAACAAAACCCAUAGCACAAAUGCCAUCAGCGACCGGAUUCUUAAUCGCCACAUUACUUGGGUCUGCUACCAGAAGAUUGCAAGUUCAACUCAUUGGUAAAAGUUAUCCAAGAGCCUGGAAUAGAGUGCCUGGUUAUGCUUUAUCAUCAGGAUUUUUUGUAGGAGUAUAUCUCGUGAUUGAUUCCUAUGUAGAGAGCAACAGAAAGUUAUUGGAAAGAAAAUUGGCAGUAUUGCGUGAACAAAGAGCCCUUAAGGAUGCAUUCUUGGAAUUCGAUGAUGAACCAGAUAUCAGAAUGACUGCUGACAAGAGAGGUACCUUCUUCAAGUUGUUUGACAAGUAUGGAGCUCCAUAUAAGUAAGGAACUACAUACUUUAAGUUAAAUUAUCACUACAAACUUACACACACAUCAACCAAUUAGUCUGUUUGGGCUUAUCCGGUUACUUUGCAUCUGUACACUAAAAUUCUUCAUACUUCAUUAAUCUCUAAUGAUUUCAUUAUACAUUCCAUAUUAUCGUUUUAUUUAUGUUUAUUUAGUUAAUGCUAUACCUAUACGAACGCUAACUAUCUUU